AGUAACCGCGUGCGUUUGGCGCGAAACGGACGCGCGGCCAUUUUGCCUCCACCCAUAGACUACAACCGCACAUUUAAAAUUUAUUUUUUUAUUUUAUUUUUAAAAGUGAAUUAUAUUGAGUGAUUUAAUAGAAGAGGUUGGUGAUUAUUUUUGAUUUGUUUAUGGAUAUUUUAAUUGUUUUUCUGAAAGUGUGUUUGGUUAAAUGUUUAUUAUGUAUUUAGGCUAAAGGAAAACAAACUGUGGUUUAUAUGAUACAUAAAAUGGUGAGAGAGAGAAAGACACAGCUCUUCUUCAAGCAGAAUUUGUGACAGUUAAAAACGGAGUUUAAAUAAAACAGUUAAAUUGUCCACCGUUUUAGUUAAAACAGUGGUUCAGUGAUAUUAGUUGUAGUUAGUUACAAAUAAUUCAAGAUGGAUAACUCGGAUCCCGAAGCGAAAUUGAAUGAGCGGCCGGAGACGAAUGAGGUGUCGAUAGAUGAUGGCAAGAAGAACGGAGUCAAUGGUGGACCCGUAGCUCAUGAGUACCUGGACUAUGAGCCAUCAGGCUGGUUGGAGACCACCCUGUUGAGGGUAGGAAGCUCCACAGAUGACUUCAUCAAACAGAACCGAUCAGUCAUGAAGACGGUCACGCUGUUCGCAUUAAAUGGACUCGUCAUCGGGUUCUUCUUCGGAAGUCUUUAUCAUUAUUUAACUUAUGUCAACGAGCCCCUGGAGCUGUGCCAUGGCUUCGGCAGCCUCAUAGCGUUCCUGGGCAUCAUAUACUUCUUCAUCAUAUACUUCGUGGUGGUGAAGAGGUUGAUAGGCGCCUGGUUCGAGAGGACGGUGUGGGACAGAGUUGCAAAGGUCUUUAGUAAACUAUGGACUAUGAUAUGGUUCCGCUGCUGCCUAGUUAUAGCUGUGUUCGCCGCGAUAGCUGUGUACUUGUUUAUCGACACCCGGGACGAUCCGAGCAGACUCAUCUCGCUUAUUGGACUAUUUAUUAUAUUAUUGCUAGGUUUCGUGUUCUCUGCCCACCCCGGCCGUAUAAACUGGCGCACGGUGUCCACUGGUCUGCUGAUCCAGUUCAUCUUCGGGGUCCUCUUCAUCAGGUGGACUCCUGGAAGACAGGCGUUGCAAUGUUUCUCCGAUAAGGUGGCGACGUUCCUAUCCUACGGUGUAGAUGGCGCUGCUUUCGCUUUUGGAGAUCUACUAGUCAGGACUGAAGGAGUUUUUGCGUUCAGUACGCUACCCGUGAUAUUCUUCUUCAGUAUGUUGGUGGAGAUCCUAUUCUUCUGGGGCGCCCUCCAGUGGUUCGUGCUGAAACUAGGCCAGGUGCUGCGGGCUGCCACCGGCACCACCGUCUGCGAGAGUGUCAUAGCUGUAGGAAACGUUUUCUUGGGCAUGACUGAAUCCAUACUGCUGAUCAAACCAUACCUAGCCCUGCAGACCCCGUCGGAACUACACGUCGUGAUGGCGUCAGGGUUCGCGACAGUUUCGGGUACUAUCCUGGCAUCCUACAUCGGUUUCGGAGCAGAACCAGCUCACCUGGUGACAGCCAGCGUGAUGUCAGCACCAGCUGCAGUGUGCUACGCCAAGCUGCUACUGCCAGAGACCAAGCGGUCUUUGACAACCGUUGAUAAUAUUCAACCUGUGGAAGUUGAAGACAAAUCAGUCCUGUCGGCAGCUACAAGAGGGGCUACCAACGGAAUAGCCCUGGUUCUGAACAUCAUAGCCAAUAUCAUCGCGUUCGUAGCGUUUGUGGCUUUCGUCAAUGGCGUCCUUGGUUACUGCGGAAACCUAAUAGGAAGUGAGAACUUUACUCUGGAAUGGAUUUUUGGAAAGGUGUUCAUACCCCUUGCUUGGGUUAUGGGUGUUCCAUGGGAGGAGUGUGAGCUGGUGGGUUCCCUGAUCGGGCUGAAGACGGUGGUGAAUGAGUUCGUGGCGUACCAGAGAAUGGGGGAGAUGAAGAGAGAAGGAUUAUUGUCGCCGCGAGCAGAGCUGAUUGCAACGUAUUCCCUCUGUGGUUUCACCAACCCUGGGUCGGCAGGUAUCAUGAUAGGCGCCAUCGCCGCCAUGGCACCCGGGCAACGGGAGGUUCUUUCUAGUGUGGCUGUGAGAGCAUUCUUCGCGGGAUGCGGUAUCUGUUUCAUGACAGCGUGCAUAGCAGGUUUACUGAUGCCUGAAGGGGCUUUCAUUUAAAAAGUGAUAUUUUUUUAAAUAAUAAAUAAUUAGGUAGUGUAUCUAUAAGAAUAAUUUAAUUUUAUACAACUGUUAUUUAUUGUAAUAAUAAAUAUUUUGUAAUAA